AUGCGCCUACUCAACCGCUGCUCCGACAUUGGGCCCUCGAAGAAGAAAAAAGGAAUUUUUGCUAAAAUUUCCAGUUACUCCCAAGUCAAGGAGGCACGCCUUGACCAAAUUGACAAAUCCAGUACUGUUAUCGAGCUGCUUCGCCAGAGACCAAGCCCGGCUUUUGAAUUCCUGGAAACUCUGCUCUUUUUAUGGCCAACAGACGAGGUACCAUUUGAUCUAUUAGGCCCUCAGUUAGAAGCACUCGAUCCUAUUCGCCGGGAGACUGGUUGCUACAUUUACAUCUACGAUGAACAGCCGUCCUUUAUAAGAGUCGAUGGUGAUGACCAUGACACCAUAAUAACAGCUGUGCACAGACUUCGGGCUAAAUGGGCCGAAAUCAUGGCAAAGAUUCAUAUGCAGUCGAAACUUUACCUUGUGCAGGCAGCUUCGUCAAACAUUCGAAACAAAGAGGUUUCAAUAGCUCGAGUAGCCCAUUCUGUAGGAGGAUUAGGGCAGAUGUAUGCCACACCAGUGCUACAUGAGAUACCUCUGACAUCAAUGGAUCCAGACUCUAUGCAAGACCGAGAUGAAGAUUCUCUCAACACUAACGAGAGCCGCCUCCGUGAGACCGUUGAAGAAUCACUCCAGGGACUUCGAUUUCUCCGCGGCCAUGUGCGUAUGCGGGUCAACUUUGGAACAUUCAUACUUGAUGACUAUAGGGAACCCAAGAACUCAAGAGCUCGAUAUUCUUUUGAUGAAUUCAGAACAAUGUUGCUUAAUUCCAGGACUAGAGGACAUCUAGUGCAAGGACUCAAAUAUACUGGUGGGGAUACCAGCCUCUUGGCCAAGUGCAGCUCUGCCGCUCAUAUUCUAGCCCCCUUAAAUGGGCCUGCUAUGGAUUCUCAAAAGCAACCGGAACCAUUGUAUGCUGUUAUCUUCGAGUUCCAGGGCAACAGCUCCCUCCUGAGGCUGGAAGUUGAAUUUGCAAAGUCCCCUUCUACAAAUCACUUUGAGGUUUACCAGAAGCGUUGGAUCCGGCCACAAAGUGAUGAUAAUGUUGGAGAUACACGGCCCCUUCUCCAAAUUGCCGUUAUUGACUUUGAAAGAUCAGACUGGCAAUUAGAAAUCAAAGCCCUUGAAUUCCAGGAGCCUUCGACAAUUGAACAGUCCCUAAGAGAGUUCUCUCAUUCAGUACAUUUCCACCCCGAGAAAAUGCCUGAUUUGAGUGGUCCCGGGAAACAACGAGUAUCUUUCUCAAAUCUUGCCCCAGUCGCCCGGAUUGUAGAGAAGUCAGCGCUACGCUACCGGCUUAAGGGAACAAAUUACAUUUUCGAACUCGCCCGAUACGAUGAAUAUUCGCGUGCUCAAUUGACGGCCUCUCAGAUUCUUUUACAAGGACCAAGUUCGAAUAACAUGUCACCAGUACCCAUAACGUCUUGGGGUGCAUCUAUUUUCGACCUCCAAUGGGAUAAUAUGCUAGGCCAGCAUGCAAAUUUUGGAGUUGGGCACAAUGCAGAAUGGAGUCCUAGUCUAAACACUUUCUUCCCUUGCUUUGGAGACGCUGACCCAUCUGAUCUACGAAGUGGAUUUAACUCCUUUAUGCCUCUUAUCGAACAAGUGUCGACACUACUCGGACAAAAGGGUGAGGCUGAUUCUGAGGGUCAAGCUGCAGAACAGCAGAGGCAGGAGGCAGUAGAGGAAGGCAGCUCCGAUAGCUCCACCACCGGAACUCAUUCAAUUAUACGAGCUUAG